AUCAAGUGCAGGCUCCGCAUCGUUGCAGUCGGAGUCAUAGCUCGGCAGGCACCAGCUGACAGCGUGGGACAGUGCGUGCAGUCUCAACAGACUAUUUCGCCGACAUAACGUGAAUGAAAACUGGUCAGCAGAGGGGAAAAAAGAAGGCCGUUAUUUCUGUGAAGCGGAGUGCACGUCUAGGCUCAACACUAUCAUGAUCGGCGACCUGGACUCGAUGUCAUGUGCCCUGUGGGGUCGCGGUGCGGCGCCGCAGAGUGAGCUGGGACUGUUCUUAGCACUGGUAAACCUGGUGAUUCACCUGCCUUUUAUCGACCUGCCCGUACUUCGGGACUACGAGCUGGGAGAGCUGCGGAAGCAAUACGACUACGUCAUCGUGGGCGGUGGAUCCGCUGGAUGCGUGAUCGCCAACCGGCUGUCAACGAACCCCAACGUCACGGUGCUGCUUCUCGAAGCCGGAGGACUGGAGACGGCAUCUCGGCAGAUACCAGCAGCUGCUCCCUUCAACCUGAGAGGACACGACGACUGGGAUUACCACAGCGUUCCGCAGAGCAAUGCCGCUCUCUCCUUCCGCGAACAGCGGCUGUCACUCUCACGUGGCAAGGUGCUCGGCGGUAGCAGCGUGCUCAACUUCCUGCUCUACAUGCGGGGUAAUCCGAAAGACUACGACCGAUGGGUGCGAGAGUAUGGAGCCACUGGCUGGGGAUACGAAGACGUGCUCCCACAUUACAAGGAGAUCGAGGACUACCGUGCCGGACCGCUGGACCAAUACCACGGAAGCGGUGGCGAGGUACCAGUGGACUACGCGAAUACCAGCACGCUACUCAGCCAUCGCCUCCUCGAGGCUUGCAACGAAUUGGGCUAUCCGUACGUGGACUACAAUGGGCCAACGCAGUCAGGCUGCUCUCGUGCACAAGCCAACGUGGCAAACGGCGAGCGUUUUAGUUCGAGCAAGGCAUUCAUCCAGUCCGUCGUCGGGGCAAGGAAAAACCUACACGUGGCAUUGUUCAGCCAAGUCACAAAGGUGAACUUUGAAGGAAGACAAGCCGUGGGCGUGGCCUUCAGUAGGUACGGCAAGCCUCAGAAUGUUUUGGCUCGGCGAGAGGUGAUACUGUCAGCCGGAACCGUGGGAUCCGCCCAGCUCCUGUUGCUCUCCGGGGUGGGACCGAAGGAGCAGCUGGAAAGGUUACAGAUUCCAGUGAUUGCUGAUCUUCCAGUCGGGCGCAAUCUACAGGACCACGUGGUGCUUCAGAUGGCCCCUCCCGUCAGUAUGAACGUGAAUGCUGGUAUCCCGCCUUUCGGUCUGGAUGAUAUCGAGCAGUAUAACUGGAAUAAAACUGGCACAAUCUCAAUACCGGCGAGCACCGAGUUCCUGCAGUUCCUGCACACCGACCAUGCGACGGACGAUGACAUUCCUGACAUCGAAAUAGCGCCGAUUUCGACCUCGCCCGCCAGUGAGCUUUUCAAAUCCGCGAUGGUGGAGCUGGGCCUGUUACCAGAGGCUUUUGACGGCAUUAUUGGACCUACAGACGGAAGGCUUGGCUUUCGUAGCAUAGUCAUCCUCAAUCGGCCAAAGUCAAGGGGCGCCAUCACACUUCGAUCUGCUGACCCUUACGACCACCCGGACAUCGACCCGAGAAUUCUCGAUCACCCUGACGAUGUUAAGAGGGCCGCUGAAGGCACGAGAAAGUUCAUCGACGAGGUGCUGGGCACUGCAGCCAUGCAGAGCAUCGGUGCCGAGCCCUGGAACGUUACCUUCCUUCCGUGCGCUGAGGCGGGAUCGCUGUGGAGCCAGAAUUACACCGAGUGCCUGUUCCGCCAUGCCGCGCACACUAUGUGGCACCUGUGCUGCACAGUGGCUAUGGGAUCGCACUCGGAAGCUGUCCUAGACGAACGACUCCGGGUCCGAGGCAACGUGACGAAUCUCCGAGUGGCCGACGCUUCUGUGAUGCCCGACAUUGUGAGUGGUCACACACAUGCGGUUGCAAUGAUGAUCGGCAGCAAGGCGGCAGCUAUGAUCAUAGAAGACAAUGAGGAACGACAAUGCCAUGAUGUGUGACUCGCAAGGCUCCCGGCAACGUUGAACACCAUUUGUUGGAGUGUGUGCUGGACUCGUUACAGGGCGCAAAUUUUCGUUUGAAGCGCUCCAGCCUGUGGGCUUUUCUGCACGCUAUAGCAUGGACGACAUUAUGUUUCCGAGUGAACGCUAGACAUUCGGGAGGGAGGUAUCCCGACUCCUCAUGAAGUUUUUACGCCAUGUGGACUUUGCCAACGAUUGGUAACGCUUGCCAGACUAAUUUCAUGGUGCACUUGUGUCAAGGGGGGCGGUCGGACCGUCUCGACACCGUGCGCGGCAUGGGUCACAGAAUACGGCUCUGUGUACUUGUUCCGCCUAGCUGUGCGCACCAUCUUGCUCACCCGUUCCACGCUGCGCUUCUGAACGGUGACGUACUUCCCGAAAUUUUCCUGAAAGCCCGGCCGCGGCAGUGGCCGGUAUGCCUUGCAAGGCUACAUCCGUCUCGGGCCAACAGCAUCCUGCUCUACCUCCUCAACGAAUGUUUACGUCGCUUAACGCUGCACAACGCUUCUUUGCGCCACACUUUGUAAAGUUGUGUUCUACUACCCA